CAGAGUGUGACGCGUCGAUCAAGUUGCCACAUGCGGCUUCGGAUGGUGAAGCAGCAGCACCACGUUCGAGAGCCAAGCGAGGAGCCAAUCGUAAAUUGGGUACUGGAUAGCAGAGAGUAGGGUCAAAUGGGUUAGGAGAUGAAGACUCGAGUUCAAACCUCGUUGACCCGGCUUCGAUCCACGCCGAGCAUCGCUGCAAUCUUUCUAUGUGGUUUUCCGUCGCCUCCAAAAUGGCCAAGCAGUGGUCCACUUUCAUACAAAAUACACUCCAGUUACGUUGUAUUUAUAUUUUUCAUUCAAGUUAUUCGAACAUCGAUCAAAAUCUAAUGAAAACGUUGCAGUUGAAACUGUUUACAUUCGUCGUCGCAAUAUUUCUCGAGUUCCAGGUGCUGAUCAUUCCAAUGUUGUGUGGUUCGAGUGACACGUCUCCCAUCGAGUGAAGAAGAAAAGAAGAACAUUCAAAUAGUAUUCGAUCUGUGUUGUUCGAUCCAGUUAUAUAUCCACAAUUUAUAAUACUCAACAAAAUUCCCUGAUAUAAACCAUUAAGGGGAGUUACAACUAAAUUCUGUUCGUCUUUGGUGUCAAAUGACCGUUCCAAGUUUCAAAGGAUCUUACCUACAAUGUGAUCUUCUUUAGUCUCGCAGUGACGAUGUGAUAAUGGUUUUUGUUAAGCGGAAACGGAUCCAAGAAGCGCCUCGUAGAAGCUUGGAUUAAGGAUAAGUGGAGGAAAAAACUACUAACCCAUUAGGGCGAAAUCUGAUCCUUUUAAAUGGAAAAAGGGCCAACUUCUGGCUUAAGGAAUUUGCAGACGUCGGGAAGAAAAAACGAACGCUGCGUUGGAUUGACGAUUGAUACUCUCUUGCUCCACUUGACUAGAUUCGCGUCAAAAUAUUGAAAAAACGAACAUUAACCUCCAAACGAUAUUUGUCGUGUGACGAGAGUCCCAGUAUCCGUUCCAUGAAAAAAGAAAGUAAAAAAAAAAAAAAAAAAAAAAAAGAAUCAAGGAAACGCAGCUUCUCCGACUUUGUUAUGAAUUUAAAAGGAUGCAAGAGCGAAGCGAUUUAAUAGUAUUUGAUGGGAAUAACGUAUUUGGGUCAAUAGCUGUUAUCGAUAAAGGUCUUGGGCCACUAGUGUCGCGCGACGACGAAGCCACGUGUCCAUGUGUGCAAGAGUAUUUGUGUUAUAUAACUGUUCAGCCGACCCAGAGCCCGCCCAGGUGGUUCGCGGCUUAUAAAGGGCUCUGGUGAAAAUUGAGCACCCUAAGGUUAUACAUAUACCAGCGGAAUAACCAGCGCACGAGGAAUUCCAAUUAACUCUUGUAUGUAUAUAAGAAGUAGGCCACAAUUGUAUUCCGCGCAGGAUCUUCCAACGUCGGUAGAAAUUCGUACAUCGGUAAAAUAAAUACUAAUUACGGUGAAUAUGCAUCGGUCCUAUCGCGGGACACCGUCGAGGAUGCAAUCAAGAGACUGUUGACUAAAAUUAAUAGGAAGCAAUGAACGCGAUUCCCCUCGACCGAAAUGUCUUCUUUGCCAAAAGCAAUCGCAAAUAUGAUCCAUUCAUAUUUCUUUCGGUCAGUUUCUAUAUGUUACUUUGGACCUUGGCAUGGUAGGGAAGAUUCCGGAUCGCUUACCUAUACCCGUAAAAAAAAAUAUAUAUAUAUAUUCGACAGCACAAUUCCAGCAGUCUAGCGGUAUAUUUUUGUCUUACUCACCAAGAUUUCCUCUGGAUACCAGAAACUUUGCGCACUCAAUGCUAAUUACGAGACAUUUGAGUGGCAAGUAUGCUUGAUGGGAAUCGCUAUCGUGAACAAUAGAGAACGGAAGACGGAGUGUUGGAGCGUUUAUUGAAAUACAUUGUUUGAUUGUCUGCACAGAUGUGUUUAAUCGAUCUGUUCGUUAUCGAGCACCCACGUCAGCUCAACAAUCGUGGCACGUGACACAAUGCACCAUUAUCGUCAAUUAUAUCUCAACGAUUCUCCACUCUUUUCUCGUUGAACUUCCAUUACUCUUCAGGUUUCACCAAUUGUGCAUCAGGUAAUUCUACGUUCGCGGGGCGUCAAAUAUUCGAAAUUAUAUCGCCGUCGAAAACCCCAUCGGAGAGAAUGUAUAUCAGAGCUCUGCCCGAUCAAUUAGCGUUUAUUAUUUUCGUUAUUCCAAGAAACUCUAUUUUGCUUUGUUUAUGAUUUCGAAUGAGUACGAGUUCGAACUAAAAAGAGCGUAUUAUGAUAAGCAGGUGUAUUUGAAUCAAGAUUCCUUGAAAUAAUCCACAUUUAUACGUUACCCCAGCAAAACUCCGCUCCCGAUGUCAUAUCGUUGUAUAAAUUUCUGUGUCAUCCCAUUUAAAGUUUGGCGUCCCGUAUCUUCCAAGUUGAAAUUACUUUUUGCUAUUUUUCCAUGCAAAAUUUUUACGACCGGUUAUUAAACAAUACAACAAAGUUCUAAAGUCUAAAUCCUGUCAUUGAUAAGCGCUCGAUUUUUCAAACGCUUAUCAAAAUCCAUCUAAAGUCCUGGUGUUCUAAGUAGUUAAAUAAACAAACAAACGCUGUUGAUGGAAUCUAAAGCAUUCCUUUUCGCGAUGAGCGAUUUAAAUAUUGAUCCAACAAACUUCAUUUGUAUUAAUUGAUAAUGAUUCAGCCGACCUUUUGGGGUUGAUAAAGCAUUAAACUAUACGAAGAGAGAUUAUUUUCCAUUUGUCAAAGGCACUAAAGAGUGACAAAUAGUUCAGUUGAAUCUGUCUCUUGUUUACUCCCGGCUGACCUAAUAAAGGGAAAUUCUACUGAACGAUGUUCGCAAAUGUACGCUAUUCGCGUGGGGAUUUAACCUUGAUCGUCGCACGCCGCGACUGAUAUCACGUUCUUGCGUGUAGAACGCUCCGCGCUUCUUAUUAUCUCAAGCAGAUAAUUUCCUUCCGAUUUCCGAUAAUGCUAAAAUCUUUCAAUUCGAUAAUCACGGAUCCUUCGGUUUUUCGGACUAAGAAAUUAUUUCUUAAAUUAAAUUGAAGAUGCUCUCAAAAAUAUGUUUCCUCAUGAACAGUAAUAUAUAAAUUCAACAGGAAAUUAAAUGCUUCUUAUCCAAUCUUGACAGCGUGUCAAAUAAUGGCACAGAAGCGUAUGUAAAACAAAGCAUUAAUUAUGUCGACGAAUUGUCAAUAAAUAUAGAAAUCACAACGAGUCUGCGUGGAAUAAAAAGACAAAUAAAUAAUGAUAUGUACGUGCGUGUACGGGUGUUAAAGACAAGGGAGUUGAAGACGCGCGGGCGCGUAUGAAUUGACGUUAACGGGGGUUUGCUGUGGUCAAGAAUUGAACGUGCUUCGUAGAUUCAGGUGACACCCAAGAGUACGUCUCAACAUAAAGGAUCGACACACCUAAAUGCAAGUGUGUACAAAAGUCUGUGUAUUCUGUACAUAGAUAGAGACGAGGGUAUAUGCAUACUUAUAGGCAUCUAUACAUGUGACAGCACUUAUAUUAGUGAGUAUAUAUGUUGAAAGUACAUGGAUCGGUAGGGUAUAUGGAGCCUCGGCAUUCUGGAGUAGAGUUGUAGAGUUGAGUCUCCGAUAUCGAGCGGGUGGCCCGGCGAGGGGUGCUUGCUUGGCUCGGCUGCUCGCGAGGGAGUGCGCACCCGCGAAUUCGCGUUCUCGUUUCCCUCCCACAAUAUAUAUGAAGGUGUGUGUACGUGUACAUAAUUCUUGUAGUAUGUAUCUGAGCACACAAACAUGGAUGUGUAUAUAUAUACAGAUGUAUCUAAUGGGUAUAUAUGUUGAUUCCACCACUUUAGUAUUUUUCGCAACCCCCCUUAUAACGUAGUAUUUCGCGUGUAACACGGCAGAUGGCGGUGCAACGAAGACGAUUCAGUUUGAGCGUGGGGGUGGAAACAGGACAACCCCAAAAUAACGAAGAGGGGUGAUGAGCGCGUGCGAGGACGCGUGCGGCAAACGAGAAAGGAAUAGUACACCCCCUUUAGUCUUAUACCAGAAGGAAGAGCCUCGGGAGAGUGAAAGAGCAACGGAGAGAGAGAGAGAGAGAGAGAGAGAGAGAGAGAGAAGAGAAAAAAGAAGAGGGAAGAGCAGAGAGAUGGAGAAAAGAGGGAUGAAAAGAUAGUUCUACCCCUGAUAGUUCCUCUUCGACUCUCAUUACCCGAUGGAGCCGAGUCUCGGUCAGGGUGGAGCGACGUGAAGCGAGGAUGGAAAAGGAGGACUAUAACGUAGUAACGGGCUAGGUUUACCACAGUGUGCAGCGGGCGGGCAUCGCGGCGGGGGCGCCGUUCUGCUGCUCCUCCUCUGUAUGUGUGUGUGUGUGUGAGAAAGUCGUUUUUUCCAAGUAACAAUAUCUAUUUUGGACGUUUAACAUGCAACCGAGCGACUUUAUAUUCGAGGAGCAAGUUGUUACGAGAGGUUGAAUAAAAAGAGGGAAGAGUGUGAGAGAGAGAGAGAGAGAGAAAAAACAGAACGCAGAGGACUCGUAAAAAUUGCUCUGGCUAAAGUUGACGACAAACAUCCAGGCAAUGAAGGAUCGAGGCAAGUAAAAAAGAUAUAUAUAUAUAUAUACAUUUAUAUAUACAUACACAUGCACACACAUAUAUAAAUAUAUAUAAAUCUAUCUAUCUAUCUAUCUAUUAAUACAUUAAGGGAGGGAAAGAGAAAGGAUCCUCCCUCAUAUGCGAAGCUCGUAAACUGCGAUUUAAUCGAUUCAAUACUUAUAUAUAGACGGGCCUUAUGUACGAGGGACAUUGUGGCUCGAAAGACUGCAAAUCAAGGAAGUGCGGGCAAAUUUAGCACGAGCUCAAAAUGUAAUCCGUGGAAAAAAUAUUACCGAAAUAGUGCGACAAAACUAGUGUGUUGUGUGGGUGUCUGUGCACCAGGGGAGUUGUGACGAGUGCAAAAACGUCGAGUGGCCAGAAAGAGGGGUAAAAAAAUGAUGUGACGUACAGCCCCCGCGUGAAAUAUCCAAGUGAAUAAUUUGCCGGAGCUUACAAAAAGCACGGGAAAAGCUCGGAAAAAAGCUCGGUUCAAGCUAACACCAAAUAAAAAUUAUUCAAAUUGCUGCAUUAUCGAGCAACAUCGAGUUAUAAAGAGCUCUUAUUUCACCAUCGUAAAAUAUCGCGAAUGAGAGAAAGGAACAUCGUUAUGGCGAGGAGAGGGCAUGGCAUACAUCAUCGGCGAAAUCCUUGAUACGUGGCUCGAGAGGCUCGACGUCGGGCAUUCGAGCUGCUAGCGGAGGUUUCUUUGGCCCAGGGAGGAAGAAGGGUCGCAGCAGAAAGGGAGAAAGAGAGGAGCGAUCGAGAGCGAGGGAGAGAGAGGGUUCUCGAGGGGGAACAAGAAGGGGAUUCGGACGUGCCUUUUGAGGGUUAAACGUCCAAGUCUUGGUCGCGAACGAUUUUUUUCUCGUUCCCUGGGGAUAGCCGAUUGAGGAUACGCCAUCGCGCGGGUCCAAGUAAAGAGGAAUAUCGCGGCACAACUCGUACGAGCAACGUCAAGUGUCGGAUAUCCGGAUAAUAGGAAAAAUGACGGGAAGGACGAGUACAAGGGAAUCCGGUGGCGGUGGGCCAACCUGCAAAAUUGUUCCACGCACGAGAGUCAAUUGUUUCAAUCGUGUACAACUCGUCCGAGGAAUCUUAACCAGCCUGGCUGUCGUAUUAGCAAUCACGACAACUUCAACCCGAGGUCAUAGACCAUCGCCGAACAAUCCAUCAGUAAUGCCGGGUUUAAGUACGACAUCGCCACUUUCGGCGACCGUGCCUUUCGGCAGUUUCAUCAAUUCGAGUAUAUCCAUCUCGAACGGUGGGGGCAACAGCUCCAGCGUGGACGACUCGAUGAACGGCACCCUCGAUCAUCAUCAUCAUCAUGGUGAAGAAAAACCACCUCUUUUCCCAAGGGACUUUUUUACCCUCGAAGAGCGUAGACACGGAGCGGUUAUACUCCACGUACUCGGAGUUGUUUACAUGUUCGUCGCGUUGGCGAUUGUUUGUGAUGAAUUUUUCGUACCCUCGUUGGAUGUUAUUAUUGAAAAAUUUGAGAUUGCCGAUGACGUUGCGGGCGCUACGUUUAUGGCCGCCGGUGGUUCCGCGCCUGAAUUAUUCACCUCAAUUAUUGGGGUUUUCGUCUCAUUUGAUGAUGUCGGUAUCGGCACUAUCGUCGGUUCCGCCGUAUUUAAUAUAUUGUUUGUCAUCGGUAUGUGCGCCAUAUUUUCGAAAACCGUGCUUUCCCUCACAUGGUGGCCGCUGUUUCGCGAUUGUACCUUCUACAGCAUAAGUCUACUGACUCUCAUAUACUUCUUUAGCGACAAUCUCAUACACUGGUAUGAGGCACUCGUGUUGUUCGGCUUCUAUCUUGGUUAUGUCGGCUUCAUGAAGUGGAAUCAACCUAUGGAGAAACUCGUCAAGAGGAUACUGUACAGGAACAAGGUUACGAGGGUCAGAUCGACCGAUCAGUUGAUGCCAUCGCACCAGAGCGCCGCCCAGGCAUUGCAGCAUCCUAACGCGACUAACAGUAGUGAGACGAGCGUGGGAGGUGCUUCUGGUGCAUGCGGAAGUAGCGGUGUUCCAGUGGCUACCGAGGCUGGUUGCAGUUCUCGUGGUGGUAGCAGCAGCGGUCAGGGCUGCGAACAGCCGAGUCAUCACGCUGGACAACCCCACACAUCGAGGGAGAGCCACGCCAAGUUCAGGCACGGCUUGCUUCAGCUGAUGAUCCAUACGAUCGAUCCACUCCACGACGGUCAGUCCCGCGCCGGAAAAGUGGACGAGAAAGCGACCCAGUUGCACGCGAUCGCGUCUCUCAAAGUAUUGCUCGACGCUACGAGACCCCACAACGGCGCCGCGACGUCAACAGCCGCACAUUAUUCCGGUACAGCAUCCAAGGAAACGACGCUCCAAUUGCAACAAGGCUCACAGGGUACGACUACGACAACGACCACCACCGCCGCUACUACAGCCGGGAUCCAAGAACUUCCGAACGGUGGAAUUUCCGCUGGUUUCGACACCGGUCUCGAGUCGGGCGAAGAGGAUGAUCCGCCGGAAGCGCUUGACAUGGGCUGGCCAAGCAGUCCAAAGAAAAGGCUCACCUACAUUCUCGUAGCGCCGAUUCUAUUUCCGCUUUGGCUGACACUGCCGGACACUCGCACGCCUCGAGGAAAAAAGUUUUUCGUGGUGACUUUCAUCGGUUCAAUAUUAUGGAUAGCCGCGUACUCUUACCUCAUGGUGUGGUGGGCGAAUGUAGCCGGUGCCACAAUUCAGAUACCACCGGAAGUCAUGGGUCUGACGUUUCUCGCCGCCGGAACGAGUAUCCCCGAUCUUAUCACGAGCGUCAUCGUCGCGCGGAAGGGUUUCGGUGACAUGGCCGUAUCGAGUUCCGUCGGUAGCAAUAUAUUUGACGUAACCGUUGGGCUUCCGGUGCCGUGGCUUCUCUACGGACUGAUCUACGGUAAGCCGGUCGAGGUUAGCUCGGCCGGCAUGGUAUGCAGCAUAGCGAUACUCUUUUGCAUGUUAUUAUUCGUCAUCGUGAGUAUAGCCUGUUUCAAGUGGCGAAUGAACAGAGGCCUGGGAUUCACCAUGUUCGUCUUGUAUUUCGUCUUUGUGGCGGUAUCGCUGAUGUUCGAGUACGAGAAACUCAAAUGUCCGGUUUAAGGGUCUGACAUAUUCGGAGAAAAUUGGGAAGGGAAAAGGGACAUUGAAACGGAAGAAGAGGGCGGUGAGAAACUGCAGGAAUUACAGCGAAUACCGGAAAUGCAUCAAGAGGAGAGUUCGAAAGAAGAAAAGGAAGGAGGAAGAAACGAAGAAUUUCAACUCGCGCCGAGCGGCUGAGCGCGACGGGAAACAUACAAGUAAAUGAAGUUAAUCAUCGAAAUGUGCGGCCAUUUUGAUUGAAUCCCGUUUUUUGUUUCUUCUUUCGUUUGCGGUUUGCUUUUGCCACCGACGCAAAACUUAUUAGUAUAAUCGUACCGUAUUCCGAAGAAUAUGAAAAAAGAAGAAUAUUAAAGGAGAAGAAAUAAAAAGAAGUUAUGUAAGCGUUAUAUAUAUAUAUUUAAAGCGAAAAUAAGUCAUCGACAUCAACUGUAACACCCCGCCCAGCCUCUCUCUCAGCCCCCACCCCAAACACCAUCCGAAUGAUCGAAUAAGGAAAAGACUCAUCGAGUACUCGUUGUUUAGCGCGAUUUAAUUGUAAAUAUUGUAAAAAAAGGAUAAAUAAUAAUCCAAGAAAGAAUGAAGAAGGAAAUGCUAUAGGAAAGGAGAAAAACAAUGUUAAAAGAGCAACGGAAACCAAGUCUUUUGAGGCAUCGGUCGAUCCGAUGGGCAAUUCGUUAUUUACUCUCUUGGCUCGUUUGAUUGACGAGUUACGAAUAUAUACAUAUAUGCGAAAUAUAUAGAUACGAAAUAUAUCUCGAUGAAGCACAGAUGCAUCAUAAGUUCCGUUCCAAACGACUAUAAACAUAGAAACAAAUGAUAAACCCAAAAGUCGCGAGUUAAUUAUUCGAAAAAACGAAGCAAAGAAUACGCCAAGGGGAAAAAUGUAAAUGGAAAAGUAGGCCGUCGUAAUAACGUCGGUUAUUAAUUGGGCGAGUCGAAGGUGCGAGAAAUCCGACUAAAAAUUCAUCGGAGAACAAUUCGACAGGUUGGCGAGUUUCCAAUUUUUUUCAAUUAUACACCGUGAAUAAAUAUGGGAUUCGACGUUCUCAUAUUUUUUCGUUGGGAAAAACUAUAAUAAUUUUGCGCGAAAUAUUUAUUGUUCAUUCAACACUAACCUAUUUAUUUUCGACUGUUAUCGUUUUUUCCACCCUAUCGAAGUUGGCAGUGUGAGAUUUUUUGCAGCUUUCAUGAACGCCCAAAUUCAAACUCAGAUUAUGAAUGGUGGAGAAAAAAUAAAAUAAAAUAAAAAAUCGUUCCUUCUCGUUCAUUUUUCCGUUCAAUAAUCGUCUGAGAAAUCGUGAGACUGAAUUAGAGCAGAGAAGAAGACAAAUUGAAGAUUCAGCGAGAAAAUAAUCGCAAAUUCCGACCUCGAAAGGAGCGGGAAAGAGGAAAGAGCCUUUGAUAGUGAAAAAAAAACUUUUUAAAACGACGCGAUCGUACGACGUGGGCAAUUCGCACAAUUGUAAUAAUUGUAACGAAUAAAAUUAGAUCGGCUCGGUAGCGUAACGUGUGCCUAGGGCAACGGCCAUACAUUUAAUAUUACAUAAGAUAACAACGUUUUUCGCAAUUUUGUAACGAAAUCAUGAAUAAAGAAAAAAAAAUGAAAAAAAAAAAAAAUCUCACACACUCGCACACAAACAUAUACACACACACACGAACAAAUUAACAAGUACGAAGAGAAUAUAAACAUACGAAGCAAUUAGAGGAGACUCAAUGAAAUGAGCCGUUUAGAUAAAUUUUUUUUUCUUUCCUAUUAGAGGAAAUGAAAAUAUACAUAGAUAAAAACAAAAGCCCCAAUGGAACUUGCGAUGCGUUUAAAAUAUAUUUCGAAAAAGCGUUAUUUCGUACCAAUAAAAUCACUGAAGAAAAUCGUGGCAUUUUUCGCUGAAUUUUCAAACACACACGAGUCUCGAGAAUGAACGAUUUUUACUUUUCGGGGAUAAAGCCUCUCACUAACACUGAAUGCGCGUUCGGGAAGUAGUCGCCAAUUCCGCCUGACUAUUCGUUGAUCGAGGGGUUUGUUAUGCGCCGAUUAAUUCAUUGGGUGACGGACUUUCGUUGCAAAGUUGCAGGAGGCUCUCGGUGAAACACAUAAAUUAGUGAUUUUGGCUGUUAUUCGAACACGCGGAAUCCACAUGAAAUCUUGUGAGCUAAUAAAAACUCGGUUAAUCGACGUGAAACAACAAAAUUAGUCAACUGAUUUUGCGCAAACGGAAAAAACGAAAAUAUUCAGGCCGAUCGGCAAAGAGAUUAUUUCGAAUCGGUUUAGUUUUUCGUCUUUCUACUUUCCAUCGUUAUUGGGAGCCGCAGCAGGCGAUAAUUACCUCGAGGCAAGUCUUCAUUCGCGAUGACACGUUCGUAAUUAUCGUGCCUGCAAAGAUUCGUAAAAUACUCUGGCGUGUUCAAAUGGAAAAGUAGCGACGAGAACGAGCGUUGAAAAUAAAAACGGCGGAUGUAACGAGACGGGUCGAUUCGUUAUGAAAAUCGCCUAAUAGUGGCCUAGCUUUCUCAAUGAUAUCCCAGACGAGAGAGAGAAAGAUAAUCGAGUCCAUUUACACACAGAAUAAACCGAGAGAAUAACUCGAUCGUCGACGUAAAGUGAUAAGAGAUCCGUAAGAAAAGAAUUACAAGUAAUACAAUAACGCUGAAUCAUCAAGCUGGUAACGAUAAAACGCUGAAGUUAAAUAAAUAAUACAAUAGCGAGGCCAGGUGGAAUUCAUGCUACAAUACUAGCUUAAUAACUGAAGAAUUACAUAAGAAAUAUGAAGAGCACGAAGCUCGUUAACAAUAUUAUGGUAACGGAGAUCGCGUCAGCAUUUUUUUUUAAUAAAUCCAUCCAUCAACUGGAUUAUUAAGACGUACCGGUGAAAAAUAAUAAAACUUAGCUUAUUGUAUAUGACUUUGAAUGAAUUUAUAACGAAACGUCAUUUAUUCACUCGACAUUUUCCAACACUCUUUCUGGAUCAUUGAUAUUUCGAAAUUUUUAAACUGGAUCGAAUACUUUUCAAUCUUCGACUUCUGAAUUAACUUUCGAAUCGAUCGUUAGGCAAACUUGUGAAAAACGAUUUUUGUAGCGGAUUAAUUAUGUUUCGAUAAAGCCUUACUUAUAUAAGCUCGCGACAUUCGUGACCUACUCGAAAUUCCCUUUCUUCGCGGGCUCUUGCCAAUGUAACGAUACCAUCGAACUGUUGAUCGUCACUAUUGUUAUACAUGAGUGAUGCUGUUAUUAUUGUACGGUCGUGGCCGAUGGAUUCUUCGUUACCAAUACGUCAUCUGUUCCGGAAAACUUGGUUUCGUUGAAACUCAAACGUUCGUAUAUUAUUGGAGAUAUGGAUUGUUAACAAUAAUGCGAUAAUAUUCACGAGAGCUUGAGGUUUGGUCGGAAAGAGAGUGAAAAAAGCGUCGUUUCCAGCGAUUCGAAUUUCCUAAAUAAUUCGACCCUCCGGAUUUGUAGUGAAGUGUUACGAAAAGAAUAAAUUUGUGAUUGAAAAAAUUGGGAUGAUUAUGAAUAAAAAUAUUGACGCGGUCGCGCAGAAAACGGGUUCCAUGAGUAUCUGAUUGAAAGAAGCAUGAUCGUAGAGCCAAUUGACAUCAUUCGUUGAGUUUGGUAUUAACGUUAAAUAUUCAAAGAACGCGACGCGAAGGCGAAUUCGUCUUGAAAAGCACAUGCGGACGAUCGAUGUCCUGGAAAAAGAUUGAGUGGAUUCCCCGUUGAGAUUAUUCGAGAGAGACGGAGAAAACCAUACACAUAUUUAUUAAUAAUAAUGUGCAAAUAAAUCUUCAUCGACGUCGUGUCUAUCACAACGUAAUAACCGCUCAUUUAUUCAUUUCACGUUCUAUAUUUAAUAUCGUGGGGUCGGAGAGGUCUUGCAAAGAACUCACCCUUAGCUAAUACCUAGCUCUCGAGUAGAGAUCGUUUUUUUACUUGAAGAAAUAUUAAAACAAAGUUUAAAGGUAACCCUUAGAACCGGGCUCGUGGGCUAGCUCGUGCCGGAUUUUUAAACGAUGACGAAAUAUUAUAUACAUCUAUAUACAUAUGAAUAUAUUCGUUAGGACGUGUAUGACAGAAGCGAUUUUUUUGUUCGCUUUCAUCAAUCAAAAAAAAAAAAAAGAAACUAAAUUUAUAGUACAUAAGCCUUCUACGAGGAGAACUCUAAUAAAAUUCAAUUAUUUCGCAAAGCGCGGUGCGAUUGAAAAUUUUUCAUAAAAAUAACACGCACGGGUAACUUGCAUAUUUUCGUAGAGAAUCGAAUUCCCUUCAAAAAAGAGUUCCUCAUAAGCAAUACGUUCAGAACAACCGGUUAAUUGUUAUGGUUAUUUAAAAUCGGAUAGAUGGAAAGAAAUUAGUCAAGAAACUACCACAAUUGAAUUUUGGCUCAGCGGGAAAUCAUUUAAAGGAUUUUUGUUGUUGUUGAGAAUCGUUUAUUCUGCCAAAAUGAAUCAAGGAGUUCACUGAGAAAGUGAUCCCAUUCACAGAUUUUUUUUUUCGAUCUAUCCAUCUUCGAACAGCCAUGACAAUUGAACAGUUGUUCUGAAAGUAUUAAGGGUAUGGAUCUUUUUUUGUAGAGGUUUCGAUUCUCUAUGAAAGUAUGUGAGUGACACUACCGUGCAAUUUCAUCCUUUUUAAUUGUUCAAUUGUAGCUUAUUGUUAAGAAUUUCUAUGAUUUCCCCGUGUUUUUCUUAUGGAAAAUCUUCAUAUGGUCGGCGCUUCGCGAAAUCAUUUGAUUCCCAUUAAGGAGGUUUCUUUUUUUACGAUAAAUUUAUUUUUUAAGGUGGAUGCAAGCGAAAAAAAUAUCACUUUUUUUAUGCACACCCUAAUAUCAAUAUACAUAAAUACAAAUCUCUUCGGGUGAUGGUCGCGGGUGUCUACAAGGGUGGAUGUGUGCAGUCUUCGUGAAGAUGUUCGAUGCGUUGUACUUUUCGCAAAAAAGCAUUGAUAUUUAUCGAGAUUGUUAAAUUCGUUUUGUUUGUUUGUUUGUUUUUUAAUCAUUAAGAAAAUAAGGCACGGAUAUUGCGGUAUUACGAUUAUAUAUACAUAGUAAAACAAAUAGAUUACAUGAUAACAUAAGCGAGAAAUUGUGCUGAGCGAGUGAGCGAGCGAGAGAGAAAGAAAGAGAGAGAGAGAGAGAGAGAGGAGCGGAGAGAGGGAGAUGAAAAAAGAGUACGAGAUUUGUGGAUGAGAGAUGCACAAUACGAUCUUCCCGAAGUAUAUCGAUUCACGAUUAUAUAAACCAAGAAACAAAAGAUAAAGAAACAGCAGCAAAUAUAUGAGAAAUUAGAGUAUUUACGAGUGACGGCCCACUCUGUAUUGCGAAAGACAGAGCUUAACGGUUUUAAAUUGAAUUUCGUCGAUUCUAAGAUCCGAUGUAAGAGGAUUACCGAUCGAACUACGUAAACAUUUAUGAAGAGAGACAAACGUCGUGAAAGAAUUUUAUUAUAAGAACUGUUGAUUAUGUAUAGUGUGGAAUGAGGACGAGGUGAAGAUUGACCGGCGGUUUCGUUGUCGUCGUACAAUGUUUUCCGGCUCAAACGAUUGCUGGGAGAGAAUUGGGAAGAAAAAUAUCGUGAAAAUACGAUUUCGAUUUACGGAGUGACUACAAUCGAUGAGCGAGUACCACGAAUUUGCAUAAAGUCUAAAAUCGCGGCAUCGUUGACACUGCUUUUAUCUGUACUUUUCAUAUUUUAUCGUUGUUACUCAAAGUCCUGUGAAAAUCGGCACUCGACAGUUAUUGCACCCAAAUAUCAAUGAAUUAUCAUCGAACGAAUCGCCCUUAUCGCGGUUCAGGGAUCAUUCAACGGUGGAACGACAUACUAAUAGAAAAUAAAAAAAAUAUAUUAUAUUGCCGGUGUUGUUUUGCAUGAGAUGAAAACGAACUCGCGCACGAUGAGAAGAUCAACUAUGAUCGCGAUCGACGCUAUAUCUCAAUUGAUCGAAACGAACGAAAAUAAAUUUCUUGAAUUCACAAAUCGAUCGUGAACCAAGCUUUAUUCGAUCGAACGAUCUUCAUUUUUAAUUCGUCACCAAGCAGAAUGUAUGAGCGAAUUUUAUUUCAAGCGCUUCAAAUUGGUAUAUUAGGAUCCAGUGGAGUCGAUAAAAAAGAGGGAAUUCUUUCGAAACAUCAAUGCUCAUGAGAACGAACGUAUGAGAUCGAUGAACAAUGAAAUAACCAGAAACGAUUAAAAAUAACAAACACUUGGUCCGCGGAAAUACUUUUUACAAAGGACGAAAAAAGACAUCCGAAAACGAAGGAAAUUGUGGGGGAAAGAUUAACAUGUCCGAAUUCUCGUGAGGCUUACAAAGGCGUGAACGCACAUAUCAGGGAGCGAGUAAGAGAGAAAUAGAAACGUUAAAUAAUGAAUUUAAAAUAGCUAUCAUUAGCGAAACGGUAUUAUAAUUAUAUAUAGGUUGAUAAAUGAAAAGAUUUAAGAAAUAAUUAGGUGAUUGUUGAUAGUUUGUACAAGACUAACGAAAAAGUGAGGAGAGAAUGAGAAUGAGAGAGAGAGAGAGAGAGAGAGCAAACGCACGAGGGAGAAUGAUUGAUAAAGAUAACGAUGUUGAUUCUGACUCAAAGAAACGGUGCACAUCGCAAAUGACCGAAUACAAGAAAAAAACCAGUAGUUAUUAGGUAGGAAAAUUGAACCAUUAUUUUUCAAUUAUACCACAGUCUCUAAACAACUCUGUUGCCUUCUCAUCGCUGUUUCCUUCCAUUUCCCCUUCUUUGCCCUCCAUACAUCUGUUUAAAUAUAUUUGAAAAGUGUAUGAAAGUACUCGAGCUGGUGGCAGAACUAGUAUUUGACGGAAUAAAUCGAUGUUGAAUUCUCCAAUUGUUUUUUGUAGGGACUCGUUCAAAUAAUUAUUCCAAUCUAUUUAAAUGAUACAAAAUUAAAAAUGAAAAUAAAAAAAUGAAUGAGAAACCAGCUGAAAAGCACACGGUGAUCGCGAGUUGAGUACGAAACUUUAUCUUGCUCUCACAUUUUCAAUGAUCAAUUUCAAAUCGUUUUAUUUUCAUGUGCGCGUGCAUGAAUAUGAGAAACCAACGAAGAAACAUAUAUUUUAGAGAUUCGGCAAUAAUAAAAGGAAUAUAUUCGGUUGCCGAUAAAGUGAAAUUUCGACUGCGGCGUUCGAAUCCAGGCGCAUUGAGGAAAAGCGAAGAGUUAUCGUGCUUGAAACCUCAAUAGGUAAAAAGAUAAUUUAGUAGCUGCAAUCACUCGUCAUUUUUCAACAAGAAAAAUCAUCCGAUUCGAAACACUCACUUUCCGUCGUUACAUUCGUUGCUAAUGAAUGCAUGCAGACAAAGAUAUUUAUAUUUCAAAUUGUGAUAAAAUGAAAAAAGCGGCGCAUCGAUUCGCUGCAAUUCGACACCGGAAACGGAAGAACGUUUUAACUCUCAAAACGAUAUGUCCCAACGACCACUCAAAUCUCGUGCAAAUUCAGAAUAGGCUUUUAACGUAGAAAACUUCUAUCUCGCACGAUUAGAAGAUAUAUAUAAAUAAUAAGCGACAUUACGACGAGAAAAAUAAGAAUAAAAGAGAAUAAAGUAGCCUGAGGCGAAGAUGGUGACUCUGGUGCGGCUGGUGAUUGAGAUGAAACAUCAACAAGAUGCUGUUACAAAAUGGUGAGAGCAACGAGUAAGCUGAUUGAAAUGAAAACGAAAUUGCGUGACAGCGUGACCAAAAAUAUCGCCGUUGUUAAAUAAUAAAGAAAAAGAUAGAGAUAAAGGUGAAAAGAGAUAAAAAAUAAAAAAAUAAAAACGUGGAUAACCAAAUAAUCCGAUCGCUUUCGGAGUCAGUAUCAAAUUAGCGAAGAUUUGAGAAUUUUGCAACCGACGUUAGGGUGCACAUAUAGGGUGUGUGGGUGCGUGUUGAGUGUAUGACGAAAUGUCUUAUUGAUCCGCAGUGACCGUGGACAACGGCGUAGUUGAAUUCGUUGAGGCAAAGAGUUGAAAAUAAAAAGCCUAAAAAUACGAAAAAAAGAAAAGAAAAAAAAAUACAAAAAUAUGAAAAAUAAAAUAAAAGUGAUGUUAUUCGCUCUUCAAUUAAAGACUGGUCUUCGAUCGUAAUUCAUCGGGUUCGAAAGAAGAAGAGACAAAACUUCGUAGAAACAAAACAAAGCCACAUUCACGCAGGGAAGUUGGAAAUACGUGUCGCGCUAUUAUUUUCUUAUUCUUUCCUUCAGUGAAACAAAUAUAUUCAAUUUUACCGUAUAAAUAUAUACAUUUACAAUGAAGAAUUUCGAGGGAUGAAAGAAAAUCGGGGUUCCUCGUCAGCUUCACUCGAAUCUUCAAUUUUUAUUUUUACGUUCGUCGUACAAGUUUUAAAAGAUUGAAAAAAAUUAUACAAACACAUGCAGCGCUCGUCGUCUGACGAUGGGCCGCGUUCUAAGCCAUUCGUAAAUAAACGAUGAUAUUAACAUGCGUAUAAUUAUGUAUAUGAAGCAUUUCUGGCUAAAUCAGUCAUGCGAAAUAGGCUUUUCAAAUGAUUUUUCAUGUAACUGACAUUCGAAAUUCUCAUGAAAUAGCUAUGAGUGCUCGAUCGAAGUUUGAGGAGCAUUUGAAAAAGUGAUCGAGUCAAAGAAAAACAGCAGAAUGACUAAAAAACGUGCUGAAAGCAUUGAAAUUUUAGGGUACCGCAUUUCUGUCUAGGUAGAAGAUUCGCUAAAAUGAAAAACUCAUCGGAAAGUAGUAAAAACAUCUUGUUACGAAGCCAGAAAAACUUCAUAUACAAAAUAGGUACGUUCAUGAUACACAGACAAAUAUACGAGAUCGUUGGUAGUCGAGAAAUACGUUUAGAGUGAUAUAAAAGAACUAUAAAUAUAACACGACUGACACCGUUCUGUGAGGAAACAAAAACAAAGGAGAAAAAAGAGCAUACAAAUGAAUAAAAUAAAAAACGAAAUAAGGACAAAGAGAUUAUGAUAUACAAACGAAACGCUAUACAGGAACAAUACAAUUGAUGCAUUUCAAAAUUAGAUAAUGGUUUCUACGCCGUCUUUUGAUUAUCGUAUUGGCCAUGGAGAUUCGUUGCAACUGCUGGUCCUUAAUUAAACACUGUAUUAUUCACGAACACAAAUGUAUAUAUUGAUAUGCGUAUAUAAACAUACGAAUAUCGAAGCACAUACAUAAAGCAUUGAAUUGUUAAUUGUUUAGUGAAAAAUAAAGAAAAAAAUAAGGCUCAUACGGAACGGAAAGAAAAUAAAAUAGUGGAAAAAUCAGCGUUAUAAGUGGAUAACGUGAACUCUCAUAUCUAAAUAAUCUUCAGGCGGUUAUCGAAGUCUCGCGGUAAUUGAUGAUACUGGCCCCAUCUGCGAUUACAAAAAAAGUACUGCGCGCGAUCCGAGCAGAGGAUACAAUUAUUAAAUAUCAUUAUAUACAACAUUUUUACGGGAUAUAUUUAAAUAGCGACGUAUAGUAGUGGUUUAAAAACAAUUUAAAUAAAUUAUUAACAGAAAGAACUAUUUAAAAGCAGUGUAACAAUAUACGAAGAAGGAGGGUGGGAAGGGGAGCGAAGAUGAGGGGUGGGGGGAGGGCGAUGAGGAAGAGAGAAAGGUUAUAGCAAGGAAAGAGAAAAAAGAUUCGAGCUAAUUAUUCUUGUCCGCCGUAGUUACGUGUGUAAAUGAUGAUUUUACAUUUUCAAAUCGAACCGUCGUCAUCCCGGAUGAACGAAAGACACCGAGACCGAAAGAGUUAAAAAAAACGUACGAAUCCGAGUACAAGAAACAAACCAAUAACGUGAAAGAAAAAAUAAAAAGCAACAACAACAAAAAGAAGGAAAAAAAAACAUAGGUUUAGUGUAUUUGCAUCGUAAGAGUUAAAGAUAUAGUCAUUAUUACGAGGAUCCUAACAAUAUAUGUAUAAAUAAGCAAAUAUACAUCUGUGUGUGCGUGCGUGGGUGUGAGUCUGGUACGUGUGCGUGUUCACAUAUACAUAUGUUAUAUUGUACAUAUCCGUAUGUGUAUAUAUGUAUAUACGUAUUGUUUAAUUGAUUAUUUAACGGAGCGAAAGAUAAGAGAGAAAAGGAUAAAAAUGAAAACCAAUAACCGACAUUAUUAUACGAAUUCUAUAAAUAAAAGCGUGGUCGAGUUAAGAAUUAAUAGUGUUUGCGAAGAGCAGACGCGUAAAAAAGUGAUGCCACACGCUCUCGAAACGCCCUGUUUUGUUGAUAAAAUCUAAACACUUGAAAUGUGCGCUCGGGCCAUAUUUACUGGCGUCGCAAUACCGUAACCGUGUUGAUUAGAAAAUGUCUUAUAUCUAAGCACGGUCUAUAUCACGUUACAUGUUGAUAUACAUUAUCAAUUGAGAUGAAAACGAAUUUAAAACUCAUUGAAAGCGAAAAAGGAUACAAGAGUCACAAACAAAAAACAGAAGAAAGAUUCAUUUGAGGUUUUGUCAUUUCGUUGUAAUAUUCGGUUGAUGACAUGUUCACACACACGCGUGCACGCGCGCACACACGACACGACACACACACACACACACACACCAGACACACGCACACACGCACGCACGCGCGCGCCCGCGUGUGCGUAGGGGAAGUCGGAGACAAAAGAUGAAAAUCUAUUAUGAUGAAAAGCCUCGAAAAUAAAUAAAAGAGUGUAAAUUUACGAUUUACUAUGUUGAUACCUUGCCAAUUAAAGUUAUUGUAGCCCAAUAUUCGCGCCUGGCUUUUCAGUGUUGAAUCGUCAUCGUCAUUAAAAUAUGUAUCAGCAUAUAUAUACAUACGUACAUAUAUAUUUACAUGUGUAUAUAUAUUUAUACAAGCGUAUAUAGAAAUAUAUAAAAUAAAAAGAUGGCGGGCGUGUCUAUACGAUGUAUUAUCGAGCCUCUGAAUAAGGAGUUCGCUAUAAAGAAAAACAUAUUACUGUUAUUAUUAUUGAUAUGUUAAUGAUUACGAGCAUUAUUAUUGUUAUAAAAAUUUAAUCUAUAUAUAUAUACACAGAGUUUCGAAACGUCCAACAUUAUGUAGGAGAGAUGGUCGUGCAUCGAAUGGACUGUUAACGAUAUCGUUUCAUCAUAUUUCCGUUCGUUUCAUUCGAAAAAAAAAAAAAAAAAACAAAAAAAAAACAAACGUCUCUGAACGGAGUUGUCGUUACCUCACUAUUUUUGACACAUUGGUGAUAAAUGAAGAGUCGUUGAUCCAUUUGUCGAAUGAUUUUCAUCAACGAUUCCAUUGUUCAAUAGCUUCGCUGAAAAUUCAAAAAUAUCUAUUGGCCUCUGGAGACGAAUAAAUUUAUCAUGACAAUUGAAAUAAUUGAACACUUUACGGACUCUCCGUAUUCGCAUAUUCGAGUACACACAUCGCGCACACUCUCUUAUUCAAUUUCUAUAUACUUCGAAAUACACUUUCCGCGCGUCUUUAUAAAAGUUUAAAUCGUUGACCACUUUCAAUCGUUCGAUACUCAUAGAUUGGUCCAAUAUUUCAAAGCGCAACUCAAACGUCGAUCGUUAUUCCACACAAUUAAACAGAGACGGCGGAUUAUUGAACGAGAAAUAAAUAACGCCGGAAAAACAUUGCAUUUACUCUAUUAUCGAAAAGAAUAUUGUUAUUAUUCUAAAAAAAGUGCCGACAUUACAAGGAAAAGUAAGAAAAACAAUUAGGUUCUCUCCACUUGACGUUCUUCAGUCUUAUAUCUUCAAUAAGAUCGACUUUAUACAUUUCCCUAAACUUCUUUCCAGUAAUAGCAGUCUUUGCUGUACUUGUCGUUAUUGCGCGAUAUCAAUGAUAAUUACAUUACAAAUUCUACAUAUAUAUGUAUAUCUAUACAUAGAUAUAUAUAUGUAUAUAUGAAUUUAAAUACAUAGGGCAUUCCAUGCAACUUGACCUACGGUGAAAAUUCACAUUUCUCACUGGGCUUAAACUCUAUUGUGAAAAAGAGACUCAUGAUUGUUUUCGAUUCGUUUUUAUCGAACCGGUCACGAUGUAAGGAUUUUAGAAAUUUGUAGUGAUCCUUUUUUUUUUUUUUUUUCAAAUGCUUACAGCUUGUUUGAAAAGACAUGAAAUUGAAUGUUUUUUUAUCGUGUGUUUUUCAAUGUUUUUUAACUCUCUAAGAAUUCUAUGCAAAAGAAUAUCAUGGAGUUAUUCCCUCGAUUUUAAAAAAAUAGUUCUCGUAGAUAUUACUUUUUAUUUCAUGAAUUCUGAGCCUGAUGAUUUCGUGGGGAAACAAUGCUUUCUAUUUAUUUUAGAAUUUUCAACAAUAUAGAAUUUAUGUUUUUGGAUUUAGAACGUUGGUUGUGACGUUCAUAUCUUUCUAAAUGAAAUAUCAAUAAAUAAUUCUGAAUGAAAGUAAUAUAGACUUUUAUAAACAGUGAAUCUUCAUUUUUAUCGAAAUUAUUAUUCGUAAAUGAAUGCUGCUUUUCAUCUUCCUUGUCGUUUCAAGAUCAUACUUAAAGUUCUAAGUAAGGUAAAAAUAAAUAGUCGAACAUUUCGAAAAUUUCAGAAUAGAUAAAGAGAUAAGAGUUUAAGCCGAAUCAGCAAUGUGAAUUUCCACCGUAGGUUGAGUUGGGCAUGAAAUGCUCCAUAUAAAUAUAUAUAUAUAUGAAAAAUUGCGCAAAUAAUAAUCGCUCUCUUAAUUAGAACAAAAUAUAAAGUCUGGUUGCGAAUUUCGAAGGAUCUAACACGACUCACCAUUCAUACUUAUAAAAACAAAGAUACUGAAAAUACAAAUAAGGCCCCGAUUAAUUGUGGCUCACGUCGUACAUUUGUAGCGAUAUCGCCUGUAUCGAACAUUGCUCUUUCACGGAUAUUGAAACAAUAUCCUGAGUCUCGUUGAAUUGAUACACGUUGUGCGAAUUUCUCGAGAAGGAAAUGUCAAAAAAAUUUAAAAAAGAAAAAAAAAAUCAAUAAACAGAAUAAAAAUCUAUAUAAAUAUGAAUAAUAAAAUUACGCGAACCGUAUUAAGAUUAACGACUAAAAAUUUAAUAUUGGCACAUACCCGCAAUGCGAGGUAUAUUAGAAUUGUAGGGAAAAACCCGAAUAAAACGUGUGAAAGAACUAAAAGUGCGAAAGGAACAAUUGUAAGAUCAGCAGAUUUGGAACCCAAGUUAGAGCAAUUUUCUUCACUUUUUCAAAACCACCUAACGUUUGUGUUGACAUUGGCUUCAAGAGCACGUUUCCAAAUUCUUCAUAUGAUGAAUUAAAUUUGAAAAAAAUUAAAAAUUUUAAAAAAUUGCGAAUGUGUAUCCACACCUUAGGGAGAGAAUAUACCAGUAAAAAAAGCUUAUGAUAUUUGCGGUUAAAGGAAGGAAAUGACCGAAGCAAAAUCUUACAGCAAUAGUAGUUAAAUUUACACAUUGGUUGAGAAUAACUUGAACUGUUGUAAAUUUGCCAUUCCAUUUUCAAUGAAACACUGUAUAACGGCGCAUUUAAUGAAGAAAAAGAUAAUCGAUAAUAACUAAUACGCGAUCAGAAAAAAAAUGAAUUGUCAUAGUUUCUUGGAAAGUACGAGAAAAAAAAAAAAAAAAAAAAAAAAUAGUCGGAGGAAUGAAGACGUUCCAGCACUUCUCAACCAUCAGAACUUCCGUUCGUUUAUAACAAAUAGCGUGUGUAUAACAAAUAGGAAAUUUUCAUAUGUAAAAAAUCCGUAAGAGGAAAAAAAUAUUACAAUGUGGGUGCAAAUGAUGCGUUGAUUGGGUUUGUGUGUUGUACAGAGACGCCCCCGCGAUUUUAACCGUUCCUGAUUCAUUUAUUUUUUGAGAAUUAUAUUUUUGAUGUUUAUAAAUCACGUACGAUCCUAUUUCACUCGAUUACGUGGCGGAGAAACAGAAAAAAAAGAACAAUACACACACACACACACACACACACACCUGAGUGUAGUAACCUAUGGCCAUUUCCGAUGUGAGUAAAAGUUGAUACAAGUUGGAUGAAGCAUGAAAAACAAACGAGACAAAAAGAGUUGAAAAGAUAACGAAAACAACGCAAGAGUAACUUUGCCUCCGUCAUCAGGAUGCACAUGCACCCCAACGGAACUCGCCUCUCACAGCUUUAAAACAAAAACAACAUUGCACGAACUAAAAAUCAUGGAAAGCAGUUUGUUUUUCGUGCGAGAAAAAGAAACUCAAGCCACGCUCAAAAGCUUGCAUUGAACACACAUUCAUUGUAUAUGGAUAUAAAUGUAUAGAAAUGUAUAUUUAUAUCAAUAUAUAAAUAUAAAUAUACACGAUAUCUUAAUAUAUGCAUUAUUUCGUACGAAAAAAAAAACGAUAAUUGAUAACAAAACGACGAGGACGAGUAGAUAUCAAUUUAUUCGCGGUAGAUGUUAAAACUAACGAAAAAAAACGAAAACCGGAAAAAAAUGUCAUACAAGUUAUUACGGAACGUAUGAACGAAGGAGGCCUGAGUCGACCAUCCACCCUUAAUAUUCCUCCCCCCUCUUCUAUCUAUCCACCAGCCUAACAACCAAAAACAUAUUGUAAUCUAUUGUAGAUUGUUGUAGAUAAAUUAUACGGUAUACCGUAAAUUGUUACUUUUUGUCGACAAUAUAAAAUACACAAAUAUAUAAGUAAUUAAA